UCAAGGUCUUAUUUUGGGCUUCUUUGGCAACAAAAAUGUAAAAUUAAUAUAGUUUUCAAAUAAACAAUUAGACGAGAAAAAAUGGCGGAAAGGCCGCUGCACUGCACAAUUAAGAACCCAGUCCUCAUCACUCUGACUGACUUGAAAUCAGAAUUCCAUUCCGGUUGCAGAAUAAUUGAUGUUUCGUUGUCAAAUAUCAUUAACCCAGAGAAAAGCCAGUUGUCAUUGAAAUCUAAAUCAAAAGCCAAAAAAAAUGAUGAAGUUGAAAGGGUGGGGGAGAUCCAUUUCAAGAACAGCUAUACAGCAUACCUUACAGUUAAGGCUAAAAGCAAGAUUCAAGACAGCAAAGAUGGAGGGGAGGUUAAGUGGCGCACAUGUGUCCGGAAGAUGCGACUGAUGCCCAGCCCACAUGUGGAGGCUGGUUCCCAGGAUUUCUUUGUAAUCACCAGAAAACAGAUGUCAUUUGACUUAGUGAAUGUCUCGGCACUAAGACUUAUUCUACAGCAGCCAUCACCAGUUUGGAAAGAGUUCAAAAUUGAGGACUUGAAGAUUUUCAGAUCUUCUGAGAGUUCCAGACCAAAUCCACUCCCGGCCUGGUUGACAGAUACCCCAGACAAAACUACCCGUAAAAAGGUUGAGCAAUCAGAGGAGGACUGGUAUCCUCCACCGGUAGUAAAAAAAGAUGCUGAUAUAAUGGGAGUAGCAAACCUGGAGUCCCUUUCUUCAAGCCUGCAGCAGUUAUGGGCCCUGUCGGAGGAGGUGUCAGCGCAGCAAACAAACAGGGCACUUGGGAGAUAUGAGGUUGAUGGUUGCUAUGAAAUCAAUUUGCUGUCAUACACUUAGCGGAGAACCUGCCAGUUAUACUAAUGGACCAACAAUAUGGACAGCAGUUAUUUCUAGUUCUGUUCCUCGUCAAUGUGAAAUGCAAUAUGAAAAUACAAGUGAAACAACUUCACUGACAAAAACAGUUCUGUUACCAUAUUGCAUAUAAAACAGCGAACUUUUCAUAUAUUGAUAAUCAUCUGUGAUAGGAAGUUGACUGUGAUUAUUGUUGGAAACAUGCAUGCUUCACAGUUGUAUAUGCAUGUAUAAUUAUGAAACUACCACUUUUCCAGGAAUGUAGAUCUGAAUUGGAAAAUUUUACUAAGUUGAUACUUAGUUACAUGCAGGUAGAUUUUUUUAGGUCUAUUAACAAUACAAUUCUGUUGUUAUAAACACAUUAAUCUGGCUGAGAUUUGUAUUUAAAAAGUAGACUCUAAAGAUGAAAUGUUUUCUCAGCCCUUGAAGUAUAGUAAGAAGCAGUGCCCUUUUUAGAAGACAUAGGGAACUACAGUAAAAAAACAUGUACAAUAUAUUUAUUAUGUACAAUUUAUUUAUUAUGUACAAUAUAUUUAUUGUCAUUAGCAUGGGUUUGUUUUUUGCACAAUGUCCCCUCUCUGUUUGAAUGAGGCUCUUGCCAGGUAGCCAUUUCUGAGUAAUAAGUGCAAUCAUUAAAUACCUAAUUACAAAGCAUGUACAAUCUGUGUAUUUUGUUAUGCAUAUUGUUUCUUGCAUGACGUAGAUUAAGAAGUUAAACCAAAUGCAUGUUUUUUAUAUCAGAUCGUCGGAUCUGAAGGUCUUAGUAUUUCAAUACUAGACCGAGUUACAUGCUUAUCUUUGUUAUGAUGCUGUGUUGGUAUUGAAUUAUAAUAAAGUUUAGAAAUUGU